AUGGGCAAUGGACAAGUACCAUGUUCCCAUUGUGGCAACAUCUCCACUCUCCUUUAUUGGCACUUUCCACACUACGAAGAUAUUGUGACGGAUCCUUCCAAGUUUCAGUUCGUUGGCUCAAUUCCUGAGUCAAUGUAUGCAUGUGUACCAGGGGCGAGUCGCAUCAUCAAAACCUACAAGGAGUUUCUUCCUUCGGGUCCCAGAGAGCUCACUCCAGAUAUGAUUCAGUCUAUCCAUGAAGCUGACAAGCCUGCUCCCAGGGGCAAGAAACCAGACAAGAAGGUGGUCAAAGGGGCGAAAGGCCCUUCUCCUAAGAAGCGAAAACCUACGAAGGCAGCCCAAUCACCUCCACCAAAGAAGAGGAAAAACCAGCCCAGUCGGAAACUCAUUCUUGCCUCUUCCUCCAGUGAAUCAGAGGAUGAGGGUUCAGACUCAGAGGAGUCGUUUCGUGGUGACACUCCUCCUCGCUCGCCUUCACCUGAGCACAUCAAGGAACUUAACAAGAAACUUGAUAAUUUCAUCGCUUCCUCCUCCUCCUCUCGGUCCAAUAUCUCAGAGGUUGCUAUUCAGGGGUUAAUUGAUUCUUUCACCAAGGCGCAUGAAGCCUCUAUCAACUCCGCCACUGCGGCUGUAGAAGCAUCUACAAAGGCUUGUGCUGCUACGACCAAAAAAGUCGAAAAACUAUUUCACGAUGCUAACAAUCUGUUACAGUCUUUACAGGGGACCGCUAAAUCCUAUGCAGCGAAGGUCGAUUCUGUUGUCGAGAAGUUGGCUACUUCAUUCACAUCAGAACAACAAUCCUUUGCGAGUCUUCAUCAAUCUCUUGAAGCUGACAAUAAAUCCUUCCAGACGACUGUUGAGGAGCGCUUGACCAAACUCCAAGAAGAUCUCGUUUCGGAGAACUCAGUGAUGGAUGCGCUUGCUCGUAAAACCACUGCUCUCAAGGUUAAGAGUCUUCAUCUUUCCCAAUCAGAAAAGGAGGUUGCGUCUCUCCGUUCUAAGCGAGCGGUCAUUUCCACUUGUGUUUCGGAUGUCCACGCCGCCCUCUCCAACAUUAUUGAAGCACACGACCCUAUUUUGAACUACUCCUAUGGUGGUUACGAGUCGUUUCGUUACUGGAUCCGGAAUGGGAUUAGGGCAGGGCGAUUAGGAGGCCCCAAUAACGCCCGAGGUUAUCGGCCAAGAUGGGCCAAUGUUGAUAGAGGAUCGUGUUAG